CGUCUUCGUCUUCGUAAGAUUAAUACCAAUGCUUCGAUCGCGCGUAUCGGUAUAUCCGAUUCGCGCAGGCUGUAUGACACGAUUCUACCAUGUUGCGAACCUGCAAGUGUCGACGUCGUCAUGCUGUUACAACCGGUUACGUUACGUUUGUGCCCGGCGAUGACAUGACAUUGGAAGUUCGACGGUGAACGAGAAUCGCCGAAAGUGGGCCAGUUGCGAGGGACUCGGGAAAUUGUUCUUUUUUUUCUUUUUUCCAAAGAUUGGUGAUUGGUUUGGAUUGGUUUCUCCGAUCUGCCUCUUGAUCCGUCGUCUUAUUGUUCCAAGAAUUGUGUCAACAAUGUCUUGUGAUGGAUAUACGGUUUCUUUUAUUUCUGCAACCCGAUCUGUGCUUAGCAACGUCAUUAGACAGAAGUCAAUGUAGAGGAGAGUCCCGAUUAAGUAACUGUAACACUGCGAUUUUUGGUUAUGACUGGUCUAAAUCGUUCCAACUGAAAUCUGAAGGAGCGUAAAAAAAUAUUAAAAAUGUCCAACCUGUUGCACGAUUGCCAAACAUGUAUGAUUGAUAGCUUUUGCAGCACUGUCAUCACUAACUCUUCCAAUACUUAACAAAGUUAUAUUGAAAUGAUUUAGAAACUCUAUAUAGAAAUUUUGCAAAUAGAAAUUCGCUCAAGUUGCAUGUACUGUGCCUAAACAUUUUUUAGUUUUAUCAAAUAUUUUGUGAUAGGUCUAAUGGAUUAUGCUGAUAAAGAUUUAAAUAAGACCUCCGAUGUAAAGCGAGAGGCAAUGGUCAGCAAGCUGCAAAAUAUGCAAUGGCUGAAAAGCACACUUCAUUCAUCAAAUCCCUGGUAUGUAAAUGGAUAAAUCAAAGAAGGGUAAGACCAGUUUGUAAACAAAUGCGAGAUCAUAAUGAGAAUAGCAAAUCAGAAGAUAAAGUUUUAUUGAUGAAAAAUGGCCAAGCACAUUUAGUUGAACAACGUGACACGUGUUGUCCAACAGAAAAGUGCGAGAAACAUAUAUCUGGCGACAUAAUGUCGGAGAGCAACAAGAACAUGUGCAACAAAGAUGCGGAUGCAGCUGAUGCAUCCCCAAGCAUUAAAGAAUUGGUCACCCGCAAGGACGAAGAGGGGGGAGACACCUUAAGUGUUGGAGAAAGUAUCAUAACAGGACAGUUGGAGGCUGAGUUUUGCAGAGACGAGGAAUCAAAGGACGCAAAUUUGGCACAAAAUACAACUGACAACUCUGUGCAAAUUGCUGCAUCUCCAAACCUUGACAAGAAGCUCGAGCCACAGAAAGCUGGUCGAGAUACAGGAAAAAUGAGUCUUACAAAACAUUCUGAUGAUAAUAAUAAUAAGUCGGAAUUUCCUACACUGCCCGUAUCGUCGGAAACUGAUAAUAAAGAGAAAGCGAUUUGUGGAGAAGUCGAUAUGGAAAGUAACAAGAGCCCGAUGAAAACCAAAGAUAAAGAUGCAAAAACAUCAACCAAUGACUCAAAAAGUAUUAAAAAUGAAGGAUGUGGUGCUUUAUCGAAAAAUAACGAGAAGCCUUCCACUUCAAGCACCGAUUCCAGAAAGUCAGUUUCCAACUCGUCGAAAUCGAUUCCCGUUAAUAAGAGCGCAAAAGUAGAGCGAUCCAAUGGUAAACAUGUAUACGCGAGGAACAUUGCUUGCAUACGGAGAGAAGAAUUUGUGAAGCAACGCAGCGUGUCGAGAGACGGAACUGAAAAUGAAAGGAAGGACGUUGCCGCGAGACCAAGCAUAUCAAAAACGGACGUCGAGGCAGAACUUAAUAAAACGAUCGAUACGACACCUCAGAGCAAAAGCACGAGUAGGAGCAAAGCACCGCAGAAACAACAGCAAGCGGUUUGCAAGCAGUCAUCAAAGACGAAGUCGCAGGAAUCUUUGAGAAAGAACUCACCUAAUGAUGGUAAAGCCAAUGCAGAGAAAACGGAGACUAGAAUGCAUACAUCCAAAAGUUCUGAAUCAACCUCGAAUGAGUUCGAGAGGAAAGAUCAAGAAAUCGUCGGUGAGAAAAACUCGCAAAACGAUCAGAAAACAAAUCGUGGCGUAAACGUCAGAAGAAGCACUACGUUCGUCGCGCAAUACAAGCAUUCAACAUUCUCGAAACAAGCUAACGACACGGCGCCUAAGCCCGAGUAUACCUACGGAAGAAGUUCAUACGCGCGUAAUAAUCCAAGACAUGAUAGAGAACGUGCUGACAAUGUCGGACGCAAGGGCGUCAUCCAGAGAGACACCUCCGCCAACUCGAAAUUCAACAGGAGAAGUGAGGAACUCUGCGCAAACAGUACGGAUAAUCACGCAAAGCGGCAGAACAAACCAGACGCGUCAGCGUCGUGUGACUAUAAAAACGUCGUAGAUUCCGCAGAAACGGGAACACAAUUAACAGAAAGUAAAGAGUCUGCAAGCACUCCAAGUGUUGACCACGCGGAACAGAAACCUCCAACGGCAGAACAGUCUCAUGAAAGGGUGGAAACGACUGACAAGUCUAAAGCCGACGUGACUCAGCAGGGUGUAGUGGUUACCAACAAAAUGAUUGACAAAGAGAUGAAUACGUACCCGUCGAACGACGAUAAGUCUACGACGGAAUCGCAGACCGACGUGACGCAUCAGCAUUUGAAGUUGAAGAACACGCAACGCAUGGACAACGUGAAACAAUUGGAGAACAAUCAAGCCUGGGGCAACGUCUCGUCGGCGAUGCAGAGGAGCGACGCAAUGAGUGCGAGCUCGCAGCAGUCUGUUCAAAAUAUGCAUUUCAGCACGCAGCAAAUCAACGUGCAAGCAGAAGACCUACCGAGGCAGGCAUCACCGUGGACGCCGGAUUGCGGCAGAUAUUACGAGCAGACUGCGGCUGAGGACCUAACGCGAUGGGGGCACAUCCCGAAUAUCCCGGCUUUCGAUGCGGUACCGUACGAGAACAAUUUGCCAAUCGCAUCGAGCGAUGGCGAAGUCGCCAUUCCGCCUUCCACGCUGGAGAUUGUGAUCGAUAGGAAUAGAGAAAAUUUGAACGCAUUGUACAAGUACGUACCGCACAUGCAGCCACGGCCUGUCGCGUCUCUUUCGAAUUUUCCCGGUUACUCCGUAUCGCCGGGUCAUGGUAGCAGGUGGAGUCCGGCGUUGCAGGAGGGCGGCAUUCACAUCGAACACUCAGUUUACAACGUGCCGCAGCAGCUCGCGGCGAUGCCAGUUUACAGGCCCAGCGCGUUCGGACCCGAGGAAUUUAACGCGCACCCGAUGAACUGCCUGCCGCAUCCGGCAGUCUACACGCCGUGCAUGCAAACGUGGAACCCGCAGUUGCAGUAUCCAGUGCCCGUCUUUUACAAUUCUCCGUAUGGUGGUUACGCAAUGUUCCCCGAUACGAUGAGUCAGUCGAGUGAGUUUAACGAGAGUGAUUCCAUGCACGGUCAGCCGCCCAAAUACAUCCCGCACGCGCAGAUGAACAAUUACGUCAGGAAUGCGCGCGGUUACGACUCGAACGCCGCACAGGCGAGAAACACCCUCGACAACGUUCCCGUGAAGUGUAAUCAGUAUUACAAGAGAUAUCACGACAAUUAUCGCCUGGCUUUCGACAUGCCGCGACAAGCACCACCGGUCUCGCAUCCGAGACCGCAAGGGAUGAAUUUUGUGCCGACAAGCGCGAACAUGAGUCAGCGCAACGCGCACUAUUCGCAAAGCCCUAGGUAUUGUAAGCCAAGUGCGAACGGCACGCAGAUGCCGAAGAACCCGUACGAUCAGAGGAUACAGGACUUCAUUUGCGACGAUAACGCAUUGGAGGACAUUCCUCCAAUGAUAUCCCCGAAAGAGUUCAUAACGAGCAACAUGAAUCUCGCGAGCCAGAACGAUCAGUUUGUGACGCAACCGUUCAAGCCGGAAAUCAAGAUGAACCCGAGCGCGGAUUAUCGUCCGCCGCUGUGGCAAAGAUGUGGUAAUGGUAAUUUUCGCAGAAGCACUUCUCAGGAUAUUUCGAGAGAUAAUGGAUCGCCCGUCAGUAUCGGUCGCGGUAUGUACAAGAGUAAAAAACCGUAAAAACGCGAGAGGUGUUUGAAUCAGUAGCUCAUAAGCUGUGAUAUAACAUUUACCUUCAUGCAAAAAGGAUUUACGUAUCUUAAAAUAAUCUACCUCUUACAACUUUUAUGCUUAGAGGAGAAUUGCGAUCAAAAUUGUGUUGAAAGUUCGAUAAAAUUAUUCAUGUAAUUCGUUAUCUUUUCUUUUUUUGCAAAGGCUUGAAGAAAGGAAUAUUGCGUUUCCAUAACAAGCUUUUAGUGUUAACAAUGAGGAACCGUGUUAUAACAAGUGUUCAGAAAAUUGAAUAUUAAAUAAGUUUAUAUUAUGUAUUGUAAUACCGAGGUAAACUGCUCUCUUCGCAUUUAAAAGACGUGCUUCAAAUCUUUAUAGUUUCAGAUACCGUAUAUAUUACCAAGGUAGAUAUAUUUAUUUAAGUUUAAGUCUGUGUGUAAGAGCUUCAGUUUCACUUACAAGUUUCAGUUGCAGAUCACACGGUGUGUUCCGGAAUCGAAAUUAUAUUUCCAAACAUAUCGAUUGUGAGAAAUGUUCUAGAAAUAAUACUUAGCAUGUAAGAUGUUCAGACGUUUGAUUUCUUAUCAUUUUAAGAUGUUCCGCAAAGACUUAUAUAUUCUAUACGUACUUUAUUUUUCUAUUUUUGUUUAAUCUGCAUUGUUAACACAGAUGAUAUAGUUUAUUUUUCUGGACGAAAAUUUUAUAAAAUAAAUGCUUUUGAUACUUU